UUUGUUUUGAUAGUCGCCGAAAACUGUAUUUUAACUUUAUGACCAUGUAAGGAAUCAGGAUGACAUUACCACGAGUUGUACGAGAAUGGCUGUCCGAAUUUAAGUCCCUGCCAGAUAAUGAAAUCCACACAUAUGCCAGCACCGUCCGAGAGAACGAGGAGCUGACCACUAAUCUGUACUGUGUGUUUGAAAGCCUCCCUCAAGCCCAGGUUCUGGACCCAAUCUGUCAUCAGCUGUUUGAGUUCUACAGAUCCAAGGAACCGGACCUGAGGACAUUCAGUAAGGAGUUCAUACCUGUCGUUAUCUGGGUCUACCUUUCUGCCCUAAGCACGUCAGGAAAAAAGACUGUAAGAGGACUUGAAGCAUUCCUGCUUGGUGUCUACAAUCUGGAAACAACAUUACCUGAUGGGAAACCGAAAGUAAAGACAUUCCGCAUUCCAACGUUUUCUCAGCCCUCUCUGUACCAUGAGCCGACCAGUAUCAGCAGUAUCUCUCUUACUGAGAGUGCCUUAUCCAGACUCGAUCGUCGCGAGGCAGAGACCUGGUGCAGUGGACCCUUACCCCAGUAUGAGGCCAUUAAUGGACAAAACAGACAGGCUAUUUUGUCCAAUGUUCUCCAGACGUACACGACGGAGAUUGCGGAGUUGACAUCCCAGUCUCAUCUCUGGUUCUGUAAAUCUUCCUCCAGGAUUGCUACCACUGGUUUCCUAAAUCUGUCGGACCUUUACACUGAGGAGGAGGUUGCUACGUUUUCCCUGUCUGACUCGCCCCAGCAAGACAGACGACACAGUCAGUAUGGGGACCUACCCCCCAGACUGGCUGUCAGUCCCUCCCUAAUGAUUGAAAUGCUCUCAGGCCUAUACUAUGUCACGUUUAAUAGCCAGCCAUCUUUAGGACUAAAAGCUAUUUAUGAUCUUCAUCACAGAGCCAGCUAUGAACUGUAUGCAGAUGUUUUACUGGUGACAAAUGCAAUGACCAAUAGUCUGCAGUCUGUGGUGUCUAGUUCCAGUGACAGUCUGCGAGGAAUGAUGGCCGUCACUCCGUCUACAUCAGCUCACUCCAUCUCCAAAUCAGCCAUCACUAACGCUUCAUUUAGAGCCAAAAAAUUGCCAGAUGAUAUCAGCAUAGUUCAGGAUGAAGACACAGCCAAAUUGGCAACCAUUGAUGAAGACACCCAGGAAGUUGUCUCCCCUAGGGCAGCACCUAAAGCCUCCAAGUUCAACCUGGCCAAAGCAAUUCUCAAGGGGGAUAAGUCCAAACCAAAGGAACCGAAGAAAGAGGCACCAGAGCACAAAACCACUAUGUCAAAUGGAGAUGCACCGGAUUCGGUUCAUGUCGCUGUUGUUAAAAACAACUCAAGAAUUGUUGUGGACAACUUUGAGAUGCAGUCCUUUAACCGAAAAAAUUCUGAUCUUGAAAACAGUGAAGAUAAAACUGUGUCAUCUCCCCUGAUACCCAAACCACAUUCUACCAGCAGCAUAGGGAAAGAUAUGAAGACCAAGCUCCAAGAUCACACGCGCAAUCCCUCAGGCUCCUCUGUUAAUUCAGAUAACUAUAGCACAAAUUUAUAGGCAUGCUUAUAGAACAUGAAUUGUUAUCUAAUUAACACUGACUUUUUAUUCUUAGGGUAAUGAGAAUAUAUUUUUGAAGGGAAAACAUAGGGUUAUAUUUUUGGUUUGUUUAAUGUGAUUAAUGAAUGUGAUGAUUCUUUUAUAGUUUUUAUAUUGUGUAUGUUAGUAGUUUUUCCUUGAUCUUUUGUCCAUUUGUGAACUUAAAAUUUUCAUGCACCGAAUCUUUACAAUUAAAAGAAGCUUUGAAAAUGCUUCAUAAAUCCCCCUAACCAUUAGUAACUUAUUUAUGUCCUGUAUGAAAGAUGGAUACUUCUUGUUAAGGAGAAUGACAUAAAUUCUUUUCUUCUAACUGGAAAUUUACUUAUAGAUCAAGGUGCUUCUGUAUAUGCUAUAACUGUCUUUCAUUACACCUGUACUUAUAAUAUGGCAUUCCACAAUGUGAUACUAGUCCAGUUCUGAACAGACAAGUACAUAUGCACUCAUACUACAUGUAAGUAUGAAUACAUGUACAGUCAACCUACUUUAGAGUGAAAUUCAUUCUAAUGGUCAUCUGAUGAAGAAUUAGCCAAUUGAGGGUAUUUGUAAGCAUCCUAGAUUGAUCAGGAUGUUCAUCAUGCCUGUGUUUUCCUGUGGGGGCAGUUACGGGCUAGCUCAGUGGGGUACAGGUUUAACCACUAAUGCCUUUUUAGGAAUAAAGUUUCUGAAACUACCUCUUUUCAUGGCUUUUACAUAUGCAAUACACUAACCAUUCAGAGCAUUCUACAGGAGAUAUUGUAAUGUUUACUUGAUUGAAGAAAUUCAUUGUUUGUAUAUUUGUUUCUUUAAAUGCAGAGUGGCCAGUGUGCAUGUUUUAUAAUGAAUGAAUUCCACAGGGUUCAUAAAAAAGAAUAAUAUUUCAAUAUGGUAAUAAAUCUAGUCACCAGUUUCGUUUAAAAGUAAGAGAUUACCAAAAACAUGAAUAUUAGAAAUAUGUGUUUAGUUAGGGUGGUGGCUUAACAAUUUUAGAGAUUUUUAUAUAUAUACAUGUACAUACACCACUUUACAGUUGGGUUUUUUUAAGACAAUGUACAGAAAUAUCAUACAUAUUAUAUAAAUGUAGGAUAGAGAUUAAACAGGAUGCACUACUCCUGUGUUCUAAUAUCCAUUCUUUAGAUUUCUACUGUAGACUAGCUGAAUCCGUGUGUUACAGAUCUGUUCCAGUGGUUUUAAAGUUACUCUGCACAAGAAAUGUUUCUAUUGUCUCAGCAACAUAUUUUUUGUCUCUUGCUUAUCCUUAAUUUGUCUCAGUAGAUUUUAACUCACAAACAAGAAUAUUCCCAUGCUCUAAGUGUGAUCACAUUUCAGAUAAACAAGAGGUUUGAUUGACUUCUAAAUCUUCCAGACAUAUGGGUUUCAUAUUAUUCUACAGAUGUGAUUCGUGUUUUUCUUCAAGGGGUGGCAUAAGAGAUGUCUAAAGAACUAGGUUUUGUGUGUGGCACACUACUUUUCUUCUAUAUGUGUAUGUUCAAGUUUGAACAAAAUUCAGUCAUUUUUGUUUCUGCUAAGUUGUACAUGUAGUACCAAGAUUUAAGUAAAAAAAAAAACAAAAACAAGUAGGCAAGAAAGAAAAUAGAGUAAAAUUUGUAAAAUUAAUAACACUGAAAUUAAAAAUGUACAUUUUAUGUCAUACUUCUCUAGGAGGAAAUUCACUUAUUUUUAAAAACUUUAAAUACUGGGGUAAGAGGCAAUGUUAGAGUUAAAAAUGCAUAAUAUUAUGCUGUUGUUUUUAGUCAAAUAAAUCUUUGAUAAUCACUGAUUUUCAUUGAGAUAUAAUUUUCAUUUAUGAAUCUUUUGUUUAAAACAGACUUGUAGCUUAUAUGCUUGACAUCUGAAAUAAGAGAUAAGAAUACUUGUGAUUGAUAAUGAUGAUGUAUGUAUAUUUCUUGUUGACACAUAAAGAAAAUUGGUGAUUCACAAUGUCUGAAGAUAAACUUUUUAUUGUUAGUUUAGUCAGAGGCAUAAAUACCAGUAAAUGUUAUUUAUGUUUCUAGUUUACUGUAAAGUUUGUAGAUCUUUCAAAUUAAGAUUAAAUUGUUUUCUUUAUAUGUACAAAAGAAUAUUUAAUAAAUUAUUAUAAAUUAU